GGGAGCGCGUGCUGCUGGGAGUUGUUUGGAGGUUGGCGGUGCGGGGCUGACGGUCCCCAGGCAGGGCGAUCAUGUCGCACAAGCAGAUUUACUAUUCGGACAAAUACGACGACGAGGAGUUCGAGUACCGGCAUGUCAUGUUGCCCAAGGACAUAGCCAAGCUGGUCCCUAAAACCCAUUUGAUGUCUGAAUCUGAAUGGAGGAAUCUUGGCGUUCAGCAGAGUCAGGGAUGGGUCCAUUAUAUGAUCCAUGAACCAGAACCUCACAUCUUGCUGUUCCGGCGGCCACUGCCCAAGAAGCCAAAGAAAUGAAGCUGGGGAGCCACUUUUCAGCUUCAAGCUUUAUACAGCUGUCCUCAUUUGCCAACAUCUUUCUGAUGACAUUAUUAUGUUGCCUUCCUGUUUCUCACUUUGGUAUUUAAAGGAUGUUCAGUACACUGUUUGAACGUGCUGGUGACUGCUUUGCUUCUUGAGUAGAACCAACAGGACCAUGGCCCAGCCGGACGACUGCUCUUUGGGUUGCAGCCUCAGUUAAGUGUGACCCCCAAAACCAAUGUGAGCUCUGUAACCAGCAGAACACACUUGGCAGAUGGAGGAAGCAUCUAAGAAUAAGACCAUGGCUGUUACAGGGAUUGUGUAAACUUCCUGUUUUGUUUUUUUCUGCCAGGUGUUGUAUGUAUGGUGAUUUAUGUUUCAAUGUGUUGGAAACUUUCCAUUUUAUUCAAGAAAUCUGUUCCAUGUUAAAAAGCCUUGAUUAAAGAGGAAGUUUUUAUAAUCUAA